AUGAUAUCUACAAGAAGGCCUAUAUCUAGGCGUCAAUUGUUUUUUAAAUUAUACAAAGACAUCCAAGACUUUGAAAAAGCUUCUUGUUUCCACUUACGGAGAGGAAAACCGACACCUGAACCAGUAGAAAAGCUUAAAGGUGGUGUGAUUGCUGGUAUUGUGAUUGGAUGCAUUGCUGGAUUAUGUCUCAUUCUCCUCGCCUUACUGUUCGCUUGGAAGAAAAGCAAAUCACCAUCUGCCCCUAAGUCGUCUGCAACAAAGAAAUCUGGAGGCAAAACAUUAUAUAACCCUGUUACGGAAGAAAUAAAAACUGAUGCUGAUGCUGAUGAAGUAGAAGAAAAGCCAGAAGAUAAUGAUUCGGAAAACCCGAAAUCUACAGAUACGAAAGCUUGGGUCUAGAUGGCACAAUUUCCAAUUUACUAAGGAACACCAUGGUAUGAAAAACAUUUGACGGUUAAUAAUGGCAACAAGCAGUGACAAGAACAACUCUCCUUGACUUAUAUUUUAUCAUUUAAUUUUUACGGUUGAUUUUACGGUUUUAUUUUCCAAACGACGCCUAGUUAAUGUUUAAACCGGGCACUCACUGCCCCCGAGAUGGUCGUCGACCGGCGCGAUUCUAUGGAGACUAGGCCGCAAUGCCUCAACGCGCACACAAGUGAUUUUUUUUUUUUAAUGACGAUCCGUUCAGACUGCCAGUGACAAUCAGCAGACGACGUGACGCCCUCCAGUGCUCACGGGCAACGGAGAUGGAUUCGUCGGCCGACGGUCGUACGAAACAGAGACUGCCAGUGUUUACUCGAUCUACAUUAGGGAGCUUUCGAUUUGCGCGACGACGCUAACGAAAUCACUCAUUUGUGACCUUCCUACCGGGCGUCCUACGUUCUCUGCAUACGUAGAUUUGGCAAAAUUCGCUUUCUAGAAUCUACUCGACGAGGAAAACUUAACGUUCUCGCAUGCGCAUAUGCCAUUUAGUGACGUCAUUACGUUAUACGUCCUACCAUCGUCGUGCAAUCGAAAGCUCCCAACUAUUGUUCACAUGAGCGUAACAUUAAAAAAAAUAUAUUUGUACAUAUAAAUUGGACCAUCGUACGACGCAGUGACUGCCAGUGUUUACUCGAUCCACACUAUUUUUACAUGAGCGUGAAAUAAAAUUUACUUGUACAAUUUAAAUCGAAAUAUUAGAUAGAUGUAAAGAUCGUUGUCAGUUUUAGUUAAAAAUUUAAAUGUAGUGUUCUUGUUCAAGCUGUUUUGUUAUCUGUCAUUUGAUGUAUAAAUUUUGUUACGUAGUGACACUUUGUCUCCUUGUUUGAUAGAUUUUUUAAUUAUCUGUUAUUUGACGUAGUAUGCCUUACUGAUUUCCCGCUCCUAAUUAAUUUACAAAGAAGCAAACUUCAAAGGAUAAUAAAGGGAAAUAAACGCUAUCAAGUAUAGUCAAUUUCGACUAUUAUUUGAAUCUUCGGCAGUAAUUUGAUUUUUAUUAGUAAAAAUAUAAUUAAUUGUAAAUUAGUUUUUGUUUUUUAAUAAAGUUAAGUAGUAUAACCAACGUAAACAAAAUAAUUUAACGACUUGAAAAAUCGUUUAUGCAGUUAUUAGCUUGUUCAAUUUGUUCAGUUUGUAGCAUAAUCCUUCUUGAUUAAUUGAUUGAUUGACAGGUAGUUAGUUCUCUUGACGUUUGCAACAUUUUAAAAAUUCAUAAAUUAAAAUCGCCUAAUAACUUAGCUUUAAAAAAAAUCCUGUUUAUAUUUCCGAAAUAUGAUAUUGUAGAAAAAUAAAUGUUACUAUAAAAUG